CAGCGUCCAGGAAAUGGAAGCGGGGUUAUAAAUACAUUAUCAGAUGGGAAAAAUGUACUGACAGCCUGGAAACAAGAGAGGGAACAAAAGAAUGGAAAGCAGCCCGUUUAGAAUGGGAACAAGAAUAAAAGAUGAGCAAACCCAUAACAGCAUCAACAUAUGUGCGCUGCCUCAAUGUUGGACUAAUUAGGAAGCUGUCAGAUUUUAUUGAUCCCCAAGAAGGAUGGAAGAAGUUAGCAGUAGCUAUUAAAAAACCAUCUGGUGACGAGAGAUACAACCAGUUUCACAUAAGGAGAUUUGAAGCCUUACUUCAAACUGGAAAAAGUCCCACUUGUGAAUUACUGUUUGACUGGGGCACCACAAAUUGCACAGUUGGUGAUCUUGUGGAUCUUUUGAUACAAAAUGAGUUUUUUGCCCCUGCAAGUCUUUUGCUACCAGAUGCUGUUCCCAAAACGGUUAAUACACUGCCUCCUAAAGAAACUGUAACCGUUCAGCAGAAACAGAUGCCACCCUGUGGCAAAGACAGGACAUCUGUGAUACCUGAUCAGAAUCCUGAACAGAACUAUAUGCCACCAGACUCCUCAAGUCCAGAGAAUAGAAGUUUAGAAAUUAGUGAUACACGUUUUCACAGUUUUUCAUUUUAUGAGUUGAAGGAUGUCACGAAUAACUUUGAUGAGCGGCCCGUCUCUGUUGGUGGUAACAAAAUGGGAGAGGGAGGAUUUGGGGUUGUGUAUAAAGGCCUCGUGAACAACAGGACCGUAGCAGUGAAGAAGCUUGCAGCAAUGGUUGACAUUAGCACAGAAGAACUGAAACAACAGUUUGAUCAAGAAAUAAAAGUAAUGGCAAAGUGUCAACAUGAAAACUUAGUAGAACUACUUGGUUUCUCAAGUGAUGGAGAAGACCUCUGCUUAGUCUAUGUUUACAUGCCCAAUGGUUCAUUGCUGGACAGACUGUCUUGCUUGGAUGGUACUCCACCACUCUCUUGGCACAUGAGAUGCAAGAUUGCUCAGGGUGCAGCUAACGGCCUCAGUUUUUUACAUGAAAACCAUCAUAUUCAUAGAGAUAUUAAAAGUGCAAAUAUCUUACUAGAUGAAGACUUUACAGCCAAAAUAUCUGACUUUGGGCUUGCACGGGCUUCUGAGAAAUUUGCCCAGACAGUCAUGACCAGCAGAAUCGUAGGGACAACAGCUUACAUGGCACCUGAAGCUUUGCGGGGAGAAAUAACGCCCAAAUCUGACAUCUACAGCUUUGGUGUGGUUUUGUUGGAAAUAAUAACUGGACUUCCAGCUGUGGAUGAACACCGUGAACCUCAGUUAUUGCUAGAUAUUAAAGAAGAAAUUGAAGAUGAGGAAAAGACCAUUGAAGAUUACAUUGAUAAGAAGAUGAAUGACACUGACUGCACUUCCAUUGAAACUGUGUACUCUGUUGCCAGUCAGUGUUUGCAUGAAAAGAAAAACAAGAGACCCGACAUUAAGAAGGUUCAACAGCUGCUGCAGGAAACAACAGCUUAAAACUUCACUGGAAUAGACUCUUGACUUCUUAUAUAUGGCUAUAUAAAUCAUCUUUUAAGCUAAAUUUUUUGUACACAUUCUUCAUUACCUGUAACAAGGCAGCAUGGUUAUUAAAGCUUGUGUAGAACCCCCAGCAUAUAGAGCAAACAGAAGCAGAGCUGCUAUGUUAGUACUUAGCCCUCCUUUCUUAGUGUCCCUCCGAGUUCUCACGGUAAUCCCUGAGACAUCUCCUGGGAACCUAACCAAACAGUCUGAAAACUGCAGAAUUACAAAAAAGAGGACUGGACUAUAGGGUGAAAAGACCCAGGGCUGAAGCCCAGCUCCACUACUAAUUUUCUAUAAAGCUUUGGGCAAUCCUCUUAGCUGCUUUGGACCUGGUGGGGUUUUUUCUUUGUUUGUUUGUUUUACCUGUAACCUUGCACUAAUAUCUACUUUGCCUCUCUGAUGGGUAAUCAUGGAAAUCAAAUGAUGCACAAUAUGUACAAAGCACUUUGUAACUUGUAAAGUGAUGUAAAAUUUAAAGUUUAUGUAAACAAUUAUAAAAUCCUAUUACAGUGGUUUAUUUAUAAGUUCAUGUUCACAGUGUGCUGUCUUAAGCAAUCAUACAUCACAAAGCAAAUAUGCUCUAAUGAUCUGCCCAUGACAAUAUGGCCAUUAUUAGAUUACGUUAAAUGGCAAAUAUGAAGACAUUUUGCAGAUGCAGUUAAGGUCCCUAAUCAGCUGACUGAGUAUCAAAAGGGAGAUGCUGCUGGGUGGGCCUGACCUAAUCAGGUGAGCUCUUAGAAGAAGUCUGAGAGAUUUUCCUGUGGGCCUUGAAGUAAGCUACCAAGUUGUAGGAAGGCCAUACUGGCUAAAGUCUGUGGUGGCUUCUAGGAUAUAAGGGCUACCUUCCAGCUGUCAGCCAGCAAGAAACUAGAACCUUGCUUGUACAACUGCAAGAUACCGAAUUCUUCCAACAACCGGUAUUAGCUUAUAUGAGUACUCCAGACUUUAGAUGACACGAUAGCCCCAGCUGACACCUAACUUUUGGCCUUGUGAGAUCCUCAGUCACGAACGUGGACUUCUGUGCCUAGACUUCGACGUACAGAACUGUGAGAUAGUAAAUGAGUUGCUAU